CUGCGUGCCCUGCGUGAGCGCCGCGGCCGAGGCGGGAAGUGCGAGCGGCGGCGCCAUGGCGAAGGCCUGGCAGCGCCCGUUCGUGAACGUCUUCCGACACUGCAGGGUGGGGGAGUGGAGGCGGUGCAGCAGGGAAGGCGACGUGGCCGCCGUGACCGACAAGAGCCUGCGCUGCGCCGUGUACCGCAUCCGGGACGCCCCGUCCGCCGGCGGCUACAUCCAGCUCCCCGGGACCAGCAUGCAGUCUCUGGGGCUCACGGGCCGCUACCUGUACGUGCUCUUCAGGCCCCUGCCCGGCAAGCAUUUCAUCAUCCAGCUGGAUGUGGCCACCAAGGACGGCCAGGUCGUCCGCAUGUCCUUCUCCAACCUGUUCAAGGAAUUCAAGUCUACGGCCACGUGGCUUCAGUUCCCCCUCAUCUGUGGGGCUGGGGCAGCCACGAAAGGGGGGACCAGGGUCGGCGCCUCUGAUGCCCGCUGGACGUGCCUGCAGCUCGACCUGCGCAACAUUCUGCUGGUCUACGUAAACCGUCGCUACGGCCACCUCAAGAGCGUCAAGCUGUGCGCCAGCCUGCUCGUGAAGAGCCUCUACACCAGCGACCUGUGCUUUGACCCCACUCUUACAGUCGCUGAGGCCCAGCGGGCGAGGCUCCGUGUCACACCUGUGCCUCGAGAGAUGGCCUUCCCGGUGCCUGAGGACGAGAGCUGGUACGACCACUAUGUCCACAUCCGGUUUCCAAGCGACAGCUCAGAAGCAUCUCCCGGGCCGGUUCAGGAGAGCCGCUCUCCUCCUGAGGCAGAUUUCCUGGGGCGUGUGCCGCGGCUUCUCCCUCACCCCGGGGCUUCCAGCAGUGCCGCCCAGGACGGGGCGCCCUCCGCGGGCCCCAUAGCCCCUUGCCAGGCCCCCUCGGUGCCCAGGCCCCUUCCAGAGGUCAGCUUGUUCUGUGAGCCCUCAGAGGUUCCCACGGGGAGCGAGCCCUCGGCCCCCGCACACGCCAGGCACAAGCACGCAGCUGGCAACGGUGAUGAUGUGUCUGCCCCUAAGCCGACCGUGGAGCCCGCGGUCCGGGGGGAUGUGGCCGUGCAUAAGCCUUUCGGCGGAAAGCAGAGCAAGCAGGAGGUGGCCCUGGCCAAGCAUCCCUUCCAAAAAAGAAGCUUCCUCCCAGAUCCAAUCCUGAGGCUCAAGGGCGUCGUUGGCUUCGGGGGCCACAGCACCAAAUGGGCCCUGUGGACCAAGGACGGGUCUGCUGUGGUGUAUCCCUGCCACGCGGUCGUCGUCGUUUUGCGCACCGACACCCGGGAGCAGCGCUGCCUGCUCGGCCACACUGACAAGGUUUCUGCCCUGGCGCUGGAUGGGGACAACGUGCUGCUGGCCUCGGCCCAGGCCCGGCCCUCAAGCAUGCUGCGCCUCUGGGAUUUCGGGACCGGGGCUUGCCUGUCCCUGUUCCGGAGCCCGGCCCACACGCUCUGCUCCCUCAGCUUCUCCCGCGGCGGGGCGCUGCUCUGUGGGGUCGGCAAGGACCGGCAGGGAAGGACGGUGGUGGUGGCCUGGGGCACGGCCCAGGUGGGGCGAGGAGGUGAGCCAGUUCUUCUCGCGAAGACGCACACCGGGGUUGACAUCCAGGCGUUCGAGGUGGCCUUUUUUGAUGAAACCAGGAUGGCGUCGUGCGGGCAGGGCAGCGUGCGGCUGUGGCGGCUGCGAGGGGGGCAGCUGCGGUCCUGCCCGGUGGACUUGGGGGAGCACCGUGUUCUGGAGUUGACCGACCUGGCCUUCGGGCCGGCCCACGAUGGCCAUAUGCUCUACGUGUGCGGCCGCAGUGGCCACAUCUUGGAGAUCGACCACCAGCACAUGGCCGUGCGGCACGCUCGCCGUCUCCUGCCCGUGUGGACGCCUGGCAGCCCUGUGUCACAGAAGCAGACCUUCGGCUCGGGCCCCGGCAUUUCCAUCAGCAGCCUCAGCACAUCCCAGGCUACGUGCGCCGUGGGCUCCGAGGACGGCUAUCUGCGCCUCUGGCCGCUGGACUUCUCUUCUGUGCUCCUGGAGGCAGAGCAUGAGGGGCCAGUCACCUGGGUGCGCGUCAGCCCAGAUGGUCUGCGUGUGCUGUCCGCCACGUCUCUGGGCCACCUAGGCUUCCUGGAUGUGCCAUCCCGGGAGUACCGCGUGCUGGUUCGCUCGCACACUGCUCCGGUGCUGGCCCUGGCCACCGAGUGCAGCCAUGGGCAGCUGGCCACCGUGUCCCAGGACCACACUGUGCGCGUCUGGGACCUGGCGACCCUGCAGCAGCUUCAUGACUUGAGGUCCCCCGAGGAGGCCCCGUGCACCGUCGCCUUCCACCCCACGCGGCCAGCCUUAUUCUGCGGCUUCAGCAGCGGGGCCGUCCGUUCCUUCAGCCUGGAGUCUGCCGAGGUCCUGGCAGCACACAGGUGUCACCAAGGCCCUGUCACCGGCCUGGCCGCCAGCCCCGACGGCAGCCUCCUCUUCAGCUCUUGCUCUUCGGGCACCCUGGCCCAGUACCACUGCGCCGCCACCCAGUGUCGCGUGCUGCGUGUAGCAGCUAACGUGGUGUGCCGGGACGCCCACCCCACCCCCAAUGCCCUGGUGCUUAGCGGGGACAGCCACCUGCUGGCCUUCGUGGGCCCUUCCAAGUACGUGGUGACUGUUAUGAACGCGGCCUCGCUAGAGGAGCCUGCAGGUUGUGCCCGGCAGCCACUCACGGCUCUCCCCCAGCUGCUGCGAGUGGAUGUCCGUGCCCUGGACCUGGCCAGCGCUCGUCUGGCCUCGGCGGUGGCCCUCUGCUUUGGCCCUGGACCCCCUGGCCACCUGUUGGUGUCCACCUCGUCGAGCACGGUCGUUGUGCUGGACAGCACAUCGGGCCGCGUGGUUCGGGAGCUGCCAGCUGUCCACUCUGGGGCCUGCCCCUCCCUGGCUCUCAGCAGGGAUGCCCGCUUCCUGCUGACGGCCGCGGACCGCGCCAUCAAGUUGUGGGACUACCCGACGCAGGCCUGCCCAGGCUGCCAGGUGUAUAUCGGCCAUUCAGAGCCCGUACGAGCUGUGGCCUUCGCCCCUGACCAGCAGCGGCUCCUCAGUGUGGGGGAUGCCAUCUUCCUGUGGGACAUUCUGGGCCCCCUGGAGAGGUCGCCUCCAGGAAGUGCUGGAGACUCACCUGGGGCACCCCCGACCUGCGAGGCUAGCCCAGAUGCAAGGCAGCUGGAGGACGUGGUGUCCGGGGCCCACGGGCUCCCCCGGCAGCAGGUGCCUAAGCCAUCGCAGGCGUCCCCACUGCAGCUGGGCGUCUGUGCGGGACUCCUCAGGGAUGAUGACGGUGCUUUCUCCUGGUCAGAUGAAGAAGGACCCUCGGAGGAGAGCCACAUCCCCGAGGGGCUCCGUCAGGGCUCGAGCCUGCCCGUGCUGGUGAAGGAGGCCAGCGGGGCUGGAGACGGGGUCUGGGGGUCUCCAGGGGACCCCCGGGGCCUCAGCAUGCAUCCCCACCCCCAUGGCUGGCCCAGUGCUCAGGGCACCAGAAAAGCCCAGGUGUGUCCCUCUGCUCGCCCAGACUGCUACAAGCACUUCGUGGCACGCUACAAGACCUCCUCGCUACCCAAGAGUGCCUCCGUCUCCCGUGGCAGUGCUGAGCGUCUGCUCUUGAAGGCGGUCAUGGGCUACAACGGGAAUGGGCGGGCCAACGUGGUGUGGAAGCCAGACACAGGCUUCUUUGCCUACACGAGUGGCUGCUUGGUGGUGGUGGAGGACCUGCACUCUGGCGCGCAGCAGCACUGGCUUGGUCACCCCGAGGAGAUCUCCACGCUGGCCCUCAGCCACGAUGCCCAGGUCCUGGCCUCUGCCUCAGGCUGCGGCAGCACCGCCUCCUGCUGCCAGAUCCGCAUCUGGAACGUGCCGGGGGGCUCCUGCCGGCAACUCAUUUCUUACCACAGCACUGCUGUGCAAGCCCUGGCUUUUUCGCCAGACGACGAGCUGCUUGUCACACUGGGGGACUACGGUGACCGCACUCUGGCCCUGUGGAGCAUGGCCACCUGUGAGCUGCUGUCGGCUACCUGCCUCCCGGAGCCAGUGCAUGGAGUGGCAUUUAACCCAUGGGAUGCUGGCGAGCUGGCCUGCGUGGGCCAAUGUGCUGUCACCUUGUGGCUCCUGCGUGGCCCCAACGCCAGCCUCCAGGGCCGCCGAGAGCCCCUCCCUGAGGAGCUGGGGGCGGGCGAGCUGACAUCGCUCUGCUAUGGGGCUGCCCCUCUGCUCUACUGUGGCUCCAAUGCUGGCCAGGUCUGCGUGUGGGACACCAGCGCCAGCCGCUGCUUCCUGGCCUGGGAGGCAGACGACGGCGAGAUCGGAGUGCUGCUGUGCUCGGGCACGCGGCUGGUCAGCGGCAGCAACACAAGGCGGCUGCGCCUGUGGGCCGUGGGCGCUGUGCCUGAGCUGAGGUGCAAAGACUCCCGGGCCAGGUCUAGCUCUGUGUUCAUGGAGCGCGAGCUGACCUUGGACGGGGCCGUCGUGAGCGCGGUCUUCCACGACACCAUGGACAUGGGCGUGGUGGGCACCACAGCGGGCACGCUCUGGUACGUCAGCUGGGUGGAGGGCAGCAGCACGCGCCUCAUCAGUGGCCACAGGAGCAAGGUGAACGAGGUGGUCUUCAGCCCCAGCGCGUCCCACUGGGCCACGUGCAGCGAUGACGGGAGUGUGCGUGUGUGGUCCCUGGCCAGCAUGGAGCUUCUGAUCCAGUUUCAGGUGCUGAACCAGAGCUGCCUCUGUCUGGCUUGGAGCCCUGCCUCCUGUGCACGCCCGGAGCAGCAGCAGGUGGCAGCGGGCUACAGUGAUGGCACGCUGCGAGUCUUCAGCAUCUCCCGAAUUGCAAUGGAACUCAAGAUGCACCCCCACCGGGCUGCACUGACGGCCAUCGCCUACUCCGCUGACGGUCAGACCAUCCUCUCCGGAGACAAGGAUGGGCUUGUGGCCGUGAGCCGCCCCCGCACGGGGAUGACGUUCCGUGUACUGAGUGACCACCGUGGUGCUCUGAUCUCCACUGUCCAGAGCAGGAGCAAAGAGCAUGGAGACUUUGGGGCGCAGUGGGGCGACCUGUGGCUGGCGGCCAGUUCAGACCAGCGCAUCAGUGUCUGGGCCGCCAACUGGCCGCAGGGCCACUGUGAGCUCGUGGACUGGCUGAGUUCCCCGUCACCCACCCUCAUGGAGGGUCCCAGCCAACCACCGUCAUCUCUUGUUGCCUUCUGCCCCUGGGACGGGUCCCUGCUGGUGUGUGCGGGCCUCGGCGUGCGUCCAGAGGUGGUCUUCUAUAGCCUGCACCAGAAGCAGGUGGUGGAGAGGAUCCCGUUGCCUUUCUUUGCCGUGUCCCUGAGCCUGUCCCCCGGAGCCCGCCUUGUGGCCGUUGGCUUUGCUGAGCGUGUGCUGAGGCUGGUGGACUGUGAGUCGGGGACCAUGCAGGACUUCGCUGGCCACGAUGACUUGGUGCAGCUCUGCAGGUUUGCCCCGUCCGCCCGGCUGCUCUUCUCCGCCGCCCACAGUGAGAUCCUGGUGUGGGAAGUCGCAGGGCCCUGGGCCGCAGGUGGGGCCUCAGGCUCAGGGCCCCUGCUUGGCUGAGAUGCUGGCACGGCCGAGGGCCUCCUGCGGAGCCAGGAAGGCUUGGGUCUCUCCACGGUGCAGGGGCCUGUGUGGGUCAAGACCCUGAACUUAGGGGGGUGCUGUUUGUUCUUUACCUGAGAGCUCUUCUGUGUCUGCCUCGUGAAGUUCAAAUAAACGUGACCCUUGCAUCCUG